AUAAGCUAUCUUUUCGUUUGGUGUGCGAACAUUUGAUGACGGUUUUAAUUCUCGUAUCGUAAAUUUUUUCAACUUAAUUCCAAUAAAAAUGGCCAAAAAGAAAAGUGAAGACUACACCGGCGAUAGCGGCGAUGAUAACGAUUACGAUGAGGAGCCAAAUUUCGAUGAUCCCGAGGGUUUUGUCGACGAUAUUCCCGAUGAAGAACUUCUGGCUGAUAUGCUAGCACAGAAGCCAUGUGAAACCGAUGGCGUAGAAAGUGUUGUGGUUGUGGAUAAUAUUCCAAAAGUCGAACCAUCUCGUAUGGAAAAAUUGAAAUCGGUCAUUCUUAAGUUAUUUGCAACUUGUGGCGAAAUUGUCAAUGUCUUUCAUCCAUUGGACGAAGAGGGCAAGACCAAGGGUUAUGCAUUUUUGGAAUUCAGCAACGCCGCUAGUGCUGCAGAUGCUGUGAAGACGAUGAACAAUCAUCGUUUGGACAAGAACCAUACAUUCGCUGUUAACUUGUUCACCGAUUUUCAAAAGUAUGAAAAUAUUCCAGAAAAAUGGACUCCACCAACUCCUCAGCCCUUCAAGGUUCAGAAUGAUUUGUACAACUUCAUUACCGAACCCGAUGCUUACGAUCAAUAUUGCGUUGCUGCCGAAACCGCACCCAACUCGGUGCAGGUACAAUUCUGGCAGAAUACCCUGCCUGAGCCAUCUCAGUUAGAGACCCGCGAACGUUUCACUGACACUUUUGUCAAAUGGUCUCCACUGGGAACAUACGUUGUAACUUUCCACAAACCAGGUGUGGCUAUUUGGGGAGGAACCAACUACACCAAAAUCAACAAGUUCCCCCAUCCAGGAACACAGUUCGUUGAGUUUUCGCCGUGCGAAAAUUACCUCGUCACCUAUGGGCCCACUGCAACUGGCCAGAUGAUCAUAAUCUGGGACAUCCGUACCGGCAUGGAGAAGCGUAGCUUCGUAUCGGAUGGCAAUUCGAACUUGUCAAUGUUCCGUUGGUCCCAUGACGAUAAAUAUGUCGCUCUGAUGGGUGAAAAUUGCAUUCAUGUCUAUGAGACAUCAACUUUCUUUUUGUUGGACAAGAAGUCCAUUAAAGUUCCCGGAAUCCGUGGAUUUAGUUGGUCGCCAACUGACAACAUCAUCGCUUACUGGGUGGGUGAAGACAACCAAAUCCCUGCUAGGGUUAUCAUCUUGGAGAUUCCGAAGAAGCGCGAGUUGCGUAGCAAGAAUCUGUUCCAUGUCGCCGAUUGUAAGAUCCAUUGGCAGAAAUCCGGUGACUAUUUGUGUGUGAAAGUCGAUCGUUUCUCAAAACAGAAGAAGGACAAGAAGGACUUUGAUGUCAAGUUCCUUGGAAUGUUCUAUAACUUUGAAAUAUUCCACAUGCGCGAGAAGGACAUCCCAGUCGAUUCCGUUGAAAUCAAGGAACUUAUUUUGGCCUUUUCUUGGGAGCCAGUUGGCAAUAAGUUCGCAAUCAUUCAUGGCGAGCAAAGUAAUGCGAAUGUGAGCUUCUUCGAAGUCAACAAGGGACAAAAGCCCAAUUUGGUGAAGAAAUUGGAAAAGAAAUCAUGCAGCCAUCUGUUCUGGUCGCCACGUGGUCAAUUUAUUGUUCUGGCCAAUUUGACAAUGGGAACAUUUGAAUUUAUCGACACCAGUAAUGAUUUCAUUGUCAUGUCUUCACCAGAUCAUUUCCGUGCUUCGGAAGUUGAAUGGGAUCCAACUGGACGUUAUGUCGUCACUGGAGUGUCGUCUUGGAAGGUUAAGGAAGAUACUGGUUACAACAUGUACUCAUUCCAAGGACGCAUUCUUAAGCGUACAAUUUUGAAGAACUUUGUUCAAUUCUUGUGGCGCCCUCGACCACCAACUCUUCUCACCGAGGCGCAACAGAAGGAGAUCAAGAAGACCCUGAAGAAGUACUCGCCACAGUUCGAGAACAAGGAUCGUCUUCGUAUGACUCGUGCUUCCAAGGAAUUGCUGGAGAAACGUGCACAAUUGCGAGAACAAUUCUCUGAAUAUCGCAACAAGCGAGUUGUUGAAUGGAAGGAACAAAAGAACAGACGCAUGCAGCUUAGAAAUCAUGUCGAUACUGAUAGCUUGGAAACUGAAGAUGUUGAUGAAGAAAUUGUUGAAUUUUUGAUUAAAGAAGAAAUAACCGUUCUCGAGUAGACGACUUCAAGAUUCCGUUCAUCAUCACUCUUUAUAAAAAUAACUUGCCAUUUUAAAAAAAACUUUCAAGUGAUCUUUCCCUAUGAGAUUAAGUUAAAAAUUAUUUUCAAUACUAAACAACAACAAUAGUGAUUGGUUAAGAUCACUUUUUGCAAGUUAUUCUUUAUAAAAUAAAAUCAAAGUGAAACAAAUUUGAUCAACAAACAACAUA